CGACGUCAUUAUUGUGCGACCGACGCGGAAACGUAAACAGUCGGUUAAGUUCUGGAAGGGGACAAGUACACCUUCUGUUUAUUAUCGGAAUCUUUUUUAUAAACUUCACAUUUGCAGAAAUGACAAGCGACAGAAGUGCACACUGGAAAGAUAUUCUGAAAAGAAGACUGGCCUCGGCCAAACCUGACAGCAGGAGUGAAGAAGAGAAGAAAGCCGAGGAGACGGAGCUCUUCACUAAAUAUUACACCGAAUGGAAGGGAGGAGGGAGUAAAGACGGGACAUUUAAACACAUCCCACGCUUCUACUACAGACUUCCUGCGGAGGAUGAAGUGCUGCUGCAGAAACUGCGAGAGGAGUCGAGAGCCGUGUUUCUGCAGAGGAAAAGCCGAGAGCUCCUCGACAACGAAGAGUUACAGAACCUGUGGUUUCUCCUCGAUAAACAUCAAGUGCCUCCUACGAGCGGUGAUGAAGCCAUGAUCAGCUAUGAGAGCUUCCUGAAGGUCGGAGAGAAAGCAGGAGAAAAGUGCAAACUGUUCUUCACUGCCAGAGUGUACGCCAAGCUGCUUCAUAACGACCCGUACGGACGCAUCUCCAUCAUGCAGUUCUUUAAUUACGUCAUGAGAAAAGUGUGGCUUCACCAGACGAGGAUCGGGCUGAGUCUGUACGAUGUCGCGGGUCAGGGCUUUCUCCGCGAGUCUGAUUUGGAGAACUACAUCCUGGAGCUGAUCCCCACUCUGCCUCAGCUGGACGGCUUGGAGAAAUCCUUCUACUCGUUUUACGUCUGUACUGCCGUGCGCAAGUUCUUCUUCUUCCUCGACCCUCUGCGCACGGGGAAAAUUAAAAUUCAGGACAUCCUGGCUUGCAGUUUUCUGGAUGAUCUGCUUGAGCUCCGAGACGAGGAACUUUCCAAAGAGAGUCAGGAGUCCAACUGGUUCUCAGCUCCAUCUGCACUCCGUGUUUACGGUCAGUACCUGAACCUGGAUAAGGAUCAUAACGGGAUGCUGAGUAAAGAGGAGCUGUCUCGCUACGGCACAGGAACCUUAACCAGCGUUUUUCUGGACCGUGUUUAUCAGGAGUGUCUCACCUACGAUGGGGAAAUGGACUAUAAGACGUACCUGGACUUUGUCCUGGCUCUGGAGAACCGAAAGGAACCGGCAGCGCUGCAGUACAUCUUCAAGCUGCUGGACAUGGAGAACAGGGGCCACCUCAACGUCUUCACUCUCAACUACUUCUUCAGGGCCAUUCAGGAGCAGAUGAAAAUCCAUGGACAGGAGCCUGUGUCUUUUCAGGAUGUCAAGGACGAGAUCUUCGACAUGGUGAAGCCCAGAGACCCGUAUAAGAUCACGCUGCAGGAUCUGGUGAACAGCGGUCAGGGCGACACGGUCACCAGCAUCCUCAUCGACCUCAACGGCUUCUGGACCUACGAGAACCGGGAGGUGCUGGUCACCACCGACGAGAGCAGCUCGGCCGACAUGGACGACACGUGACCACAACAAACCCCGCGGAGAUUAAAACCCGGAGCUGCCUAGAUGCAGUCUGGGUUUGUAGGUUUAACCAAUACUGGUGUCAGUCCUGGAAGUAUUGGCACCCUCAGUACAGAUGGGUUUAAAAAGAAUAAAGGUUAUGGGGGGAAAAUGCCGGCGGUUAAUUAGCGUAAUCUCAGACUGA